GCCACGCGGGGGCCACGCGGGCGGCGCGGAGCGGCGCGGAGCGGGUCUCCCGCGGCGGUUCGGCGGCUCCGCCCCCGGGCCGGGGGAUGCCAGGUGCCGGGGCGGUGCGUCCCCUUCCCCGCCCCGGCCCGCCCUCCCUCCCCUCCCCUCCCACCCCCGGCGGGCCGGGGGAGCCCAGCGGCGCCCCGGGGCGGCUCCGCAGCCGGCGGGAUGUCGUGUGGCGUCCCGGCGGCGGCAGCGGGCAGCGCGCUGGCUCGGGGCGCGGCGGCCGAGGGCAGCCAGCAGCAGAGUCAUGAAGAAGAUGACAGGAAGGUAAGGAGGAGAGAAAAAAAUCGAGUUGCUGCACAGAGGAGCCGGAAGAAGCAAACUCAGAAAGCAGAUAAACUUCAUGAGGAAUAUGAGUCUCUUGAGCAAGAAAAUACCUCCCUGAAAAGAGAAAUAGGAAAGCUAACAGAUGAAAUGAAACACUUGAGUGAAGUGUUGAAGGAUCAUGAAAAGAUCUGUCCACUGUUGCACUGCACCAUGAACUUUGUGACCGUCCCAAGGCCUGAUGCACUCGCCAGCUGCUUGCCAAGAUGAGACCACUCCUUGACCAGCUUUAAAUGCGAGGUGUGAAAGUGCCAUUAACCGGGGAGACUUGAAGAGCUGCCUACUUACCGUGCAGGUCUUCCACUGAAGAGGGCUGGACUUGACCAUGCAGCUCUUUUCUACAUUGAAGUCUCUGAAUCUCAGGAAAACACCAGUAUGGAAAAAAGACAACUCGAACUGCGACUUCUUAUUUGGUAGAAUCUUCGAGCCACGGUUUUGCAUUCAGAAAUGUCAAAGUACGGUGCAGCCCACCAUUGUGCGAUGGAAUGUAGUCAGGGAAAAGUACCGACCUUGGGCUGGGAUGCCUUUCUUCCACAUGUCCACUGCCAGUAACCCUUUGUCACUUGUCAUCCAUGUAUAUCAUGUUCUGGCUGCUGUUUGUUUUUCUCUAAACAGGUUUGGCUAAUAAAAGUGAUGUCCCAUCUUUAUGAUGUUCUCCACCUUCCUCAAUAAUCAAUGUCUUUAUAACAUCUUUACUUUUUUCAUACUGGUCAAAUCCAAAGUCUAAUGCUAAUCUUCCUGUCAGUUGUUUUAUUAUUUGCUUAUCGCCUCUUCAUUGAUUCCUCUUUUGAAGUGUGUGUAACAAAUGAGUUUUCCCAGUCUUUAUUUCUUUAAUAUCCCUGACCCUCAGCCCUGCUGACAUUAGUUCUUGGAGUGUUUUAUAUCCUAAAAUAUGGCUUGGCCAAUUUCUAAUGAUGAUUGUCUGCUCUCUGUGGAAGAAAAGCAAAACAGAGUUUGAUGGUUCUACACAUUGUUUUAAAAAGUAGAUUUUAAAAUCUACUGUUUUGAUGCAUCCACUGGAAAUUAACAAAUAUCUUUCUCAUUCAUCUUGCAUAUUGCUUCUGUUAAAUGAUAUCUGUGAAUAGAACAAAUUGACUUCAGCUAAGCAUUUUGUUCCAUAUCCACACUGAAGAUGUCUGAUACUGCUUGCAA